AUGAAUCGAGACUUCGAAAAUGUCCAAGACAGAGCUGCACUACAUACUCCGUACUCCGUGCAUGUGCAGUAUAUUGACUGUACCUUCUCGGGCCAAAUCAUCCGAAACGUCAAGACUCGAAGAGAGAAGAAUAUAAGGUUAUACAUCCUGCUUAACCACAUACAUGUCCCACGCCCCCGGUUAUGGGGACGCGCGAGGCUGGCAGUACCCUCGCCGAACAUCAUAAUUUCUCAACGGAGUACGAAAGCCACCCUUGCAUCCCGUCCCCCAGUAAGACUGCACAUCUUCCGUACGGAGCAUGAAGGUCAGGAGGUGGGCGCGGUGCCCGCCGAAGCAGCUCUUCCAGGAUUGAAUGAAUGGGUUCUCCCUGCUCAAGCGCCUCAUGAUGCUCCCCUGCAGCAUGGUUGUGCUGAGUAUUGUUCCUUGGAGAUUUCCCAUCCUUCAAGACAUACUUCAUGGCAUAGCCGCCUCAUGAACAAGGGUAGGGCCGAUCGCCAUAACUGCGAUAGGCAAACGCAGGGGGUUAGGCGAGCGGGAAAACAAAAGGUUAAAGUUAGUAUUGAAGAUAUCCAGAAAGCCUCUGAUCUUCGUUGGCUGCGAGAAUGGGGCGUAGAUGUGUAUCCACAACUACCGCAGUGGCAUUCUGGACUUCGGCGGCCUCUGAACGCAGGACAAGCGGGAUAUCAAUACCAUUGA